AUGUCUUAUUUUCUUGGAAUGGAGAUUCAUCAAGAUCGGCAAAGAAUCUUCAUUUGCCAAAGAAAAUAUGCAAAUGAAAUUCUAAAUAAGUUUGGCAUGGAAAAUUGUGAACCAGUUAGCACUCCUUUAGCUCUAAAUGAAAAGUUCAUCAAGGAAGAUGAAGCUGACAAAGUUGAUGGUUCUGUUUAUAUAAGCCUGGUUGGUUGCUUAUUGUAUUUGACAGCAACAAGGCCAGAAAUCAUGUAUGCUGUGAACUUACUUUCUAGGUUCAUUCAAAGCCCUAGUGAGUUGCAUUUCAAGGCUGCUAAAAGGGUGUUGAGAUAUGUCAAAGGAUCCAAUGAACUCAGAUUCUAG